AUGGGGCCCCCGGGCAAUAGGGGAUCGUGGAGCCCCGGUGUCCUUGCCCAAACUCAAACCACACCCCAAAAAAGCCUAUGAAAGGUAACAAGGGAAUCUCAUGGGGCCCCCUACUGACCCCAGGCCCUCAGGCGGUGCCCGUGAGCUCGAAUGGUCAGUCCGCCCCGGGAGGACUAAAAACUCACGGGGCCCCCGGGCAAUAGGGGAUCAUGGGGCCCUGUGUCCUUGCCCAAACUCAAAAAAGCCUAUGAAAAAAAAAAGGUACCAGGGGCAUCUCAUGGGGCCUCCUACUGGCCCAGGCCCUCGGGCAGUGCCCGAGUUUCCAAACGGUCAGUCCGCCCCUGCU